AAAUUGACAAGAGAGAUUCCCAGAAGCAGGAAGUCAGUCAGGCAUAAGUGCCCCAGAUCCAUCACAGAUCGGCAGAUGGCACAAACCCGACACCACCACCACCACUACUCCUACCAUAGCCACCACCACCACCUGCAGCUGCAAACACCCUCUGGGAUUUAAAACAAAAAAAUCUAUACCUCAUUUUGAUCUGGAUUCUUUUCAUUUAAAAAAAGCCCCAAAAAGCAGAUAAAUACAUAUUGCCAUCAGAGAUGCCGUGUCUUCAGGCACAAUAUGCGACGAUGCCACAAUGUGGAGGCUCCUACGAAGACCACCCUUCUGACUUUUUGACUUCGGAGUUUGUCAAGUUUGGCAUGGACCUCUCUGCCACGGAGAUUGCCGCCACCACCUCUUUGCCCAGCUUCAACACCUUCAUUGACAGCAACAAUGGCGACUUUGACGCCUACCUGUACCAACUAAUGGUUUCCAACCAGCAGUCUCCAUUUAAAAUGGAGGAUGUUCAAAUGUUCGGCUGUUACCCAGGCUCGAUCAACAUGCACUUGGAGGAGGUGACACCUCCGUGUGGACCUUCGCAGUACUACAACGGGUCCUGCUCCAUCCCGGCAUCUUCAACCCCUGGUUUCCAGAUGCAGCAAGUGUCCAUUUGGGAUGACGCUUUCCCUCAUCAUUCGCUCCAGUACGGGGAGGUGGACCACUUGUUGGAUCAGCCUAAGAAUGUUUCCCAACUUUCCUUCUUCUCCUUCAAGCAGUUGCCUUCGGAGUCCCCUGGUCCGCAUUGCCACAUGAGGCUGGACGCACGCCCCCACGGACCCAAUACUGUCCACCAGCUAGUCGACACCAUGUCUUAUGAUAUCGCCAACCAAGCCUCCAUGACUUUCCCCCCCUUGCCUAUGGACCAUGGAGCGCGGAUCUUGGACAGUCCCAUUGUAAUUGAUAACCCCAUCCCCUCUCCGCCUGCCCGGAACGCCCCCUCCAGUGAAGGUCAGUGUGCUGUGUGCGGGGAUAAUGCUUCAUGCCAACAUUAUGGUGUACGAACCUGUGAAGGAUGCAAAGGCUUCUUCAAGCGCACAGUUCAGAAAAAUGCCAAGUACGUUUGCCUUGCGAAUAAGGACUGCCCCGUCGAUAAACGGCGGCGGAACCGAUGCCAAUUCUGCCGCUUUCAGAAAUGCCUCGCCGUGGGAAUGGUAAAAGAAGUGGUCCGUACAGACAACCUGAAAGGUCGUAGAGGUCGCCUUCCAUCCAAACCAAAGAAUGCUCAAGAAUCUGCGUCUGUCAAUGUUCCAGUUAGUCUCAUCACUGCGCUGGUCAGGGCCCACAUUGAUUCCAAUCCAGUCAUAUCCAAUCUAGAUUAUUCCAAGUUUCAGGAAUCCAGCACGUACCCGUCGGAGGAGGAUGAAGCAGGGGAGGUGCGGCAGUUUUAUGAGCUGUUGGCCGCAUCGAUGGACAUGAUACGCAAGUGGGCGGAGAAGAUCCCGGGCUUCAGCGGCUUCCCCAAGGAAGAUCAGGACCUCCUGCUCGAAUCUGCCUUCUUAGAGCUCUUCAUCCUCAGGCUGGCUUACAGGUCCAGCCCUGACGAAGGCAAGCUUAUCUUCUGCAACGGCAUAGUCCUGCAUCGGCAGCAGUGUGUCCGUGGCUUUGGUGAAUGGAUCGACUCGAUCGUCAGCUUCUCGGGCACCUUGCAACGAAUGAAGAUCGACGUUUCCAGCUUCUCCUGCCUUGCGACUCUGGUGGUCAUUACAGAUCGCCACGGCCUGAAAGAGCCCAAGAAAGUGGAAGACCUGCAGACCAAGAUUAUAACCUGUCUGAAGGACCACGUCACGUCCAGUGCAGGCGAGCAGAUGAGGCCAAACUACUUGUCCAAGCUGUUGGGCAAGUUACCCGAACUGUGCACCCUCUGCACACAGGGGUUGCAACGCAUUUUCUACCUGAAGCUGGCGGAUCUGGUCGCACCACCUGCCAUCGUGGACAAACUAUUCUUGGAUACGCUGCCCUUCUAGAGGAGAACGCCAAAAGCUCUUUGACUCUCGAACUGGACCCAGCCGUCAGAUUUGACAAAAGUUGCGUUUGCAAGGCGAGGAGGUUGUGGAGCCGAACACUGGAACCAGUUCAAAAACGGCGGCGGCGGCAGGAAUUGGACAACGUAUGCUAGCUAUGUCGCUAUUUGAGUUUGCUGCUUUUCAAAAUGCUGUUUUUGAUUUUUAGCCAGCAUACCGGUUGUUGAAGUAAACGUCCCCUUUGCUGUGAUGCAGCUUCGUGCAAAGCGAUCUAACCACGUACCCGCCCUCAGGUUCGACAAACAGGCGCACUGUUGCAGCCCCCCCACCAUUGUUACGCCUCUUGUUCCCAACCUACAACCCCCACGCUGUGACAUUAUUUUCUCGGUGCCCCUGUCCUGUUAUUCGCCCGUCCCCAGUUACAAACGAGGGUCGGCUCGCAUCGUUAUUGGGGCAAGUGUUGUUCCCUCUCAAGCCUGAGUUCAACGCUUCAUUUAUUCCAGUCGCCAAAUCUAUUGUAAAUAUGCUCUCUCUGUUUGAUCUGCAUUUGCAAUUGUACACCCAAGGCAGAAUAAAAACACAAUCCCCAGUCAUCGCUAGUGUCACUAAAGCCGAAGUAUUGGCCUGGGGCGGAAUUUUAAAGGACAAUGUUCGAAAACACCACAACUGUGUGGCCUUCAAAAUGGCGGCUCUGAACAGCCUAAACAUGGCGGCCUGAAGUGUGCAGGAAGGAACUGCAGAUGCUGUCCAAAGAAGGGUUCCCACCCAAAAACGUCGCCUAUUACUUUUUCUCCGGAGAUGCUGCCCGACCCACUGAGUUUCUCCAGCACUGUGUGUGUGUGUGUGUGUGUGUCUCAGCCUCAGGGGUGACAGGCCAAGUCUCGAAUACAUCCCAGACAGGUUGGCGCCAAAACUCCUGGCAAACACGGACUUGCCCGGGGGGGGGGGGGCAACAAACUCCGAUCUCUCCCUUGUGGAAGCGAAGAGCCCCGCGUGAUGGGGUACAAAUUAUUGGUGUGAAGUUGGGAUGUUUUGAAAUGCUCUCUUCUGAGUUUCUGUGAUCGAAUGUGGAUCGAGUUGCAUUCACAGCGCAGGCUCGUGUGUGGCGUAGAGCAGAGUCUAUUGCACCUGCUGAAGCCACUGACAUUUUGUGGGGAUGAGAGGGGGUGGGGGAGGAGAGCAGGAGAGGCAGUAUUGUUAGGAGCUGUGGGGAGUGAGGUCCAAGGUGCGUUUUCCACCACCCACAGAAUCCGUCGCAUACUCAGAGUGUAUUGAUCGGUCUUCUUGCCGAUCGCUUAUCGAAGCUACGGCGCACCUUAUUGGCCACGGACAACACUGUACGAUGAGAGCCCACUAGCUCAAACGCGGAGCAGAAUGAAGGACACCCAGAUAUGGUGGCUUCAACUAGCUGGAGACCCUCUGGAGUCUCCUGGAGACCCUCGGCCAAGACCACAGGGUUCGGGUGGCAAGGUUCCUUGGACCUUGGUGGGACUUCAGUUCAGUGUAGUUUAUUGUCACGUGUACCGAGGUACAGUGAAAAGCUUUUUCCGCGUGCUAACCAGCCGGCGGAAAGACAACACAUGAUUACAAUCGAUCCAUUUAUAGUUUAUAGAUACAUGA